AUGGCCUCGUCAUACGCUCUGCCUUCCUCGGCCUUGCCCCACGCGCACCACAAACACAUGCACACGCACUCGCAGUCGCAAUCGUCAAUACACUCGUGGAAGUCCUCAGCGUCAACGGGCAGUGGCCUUCAGGCGCACCCCGAGGACGAACAUUCGGGCCACGACAGCCGAACGUCGCACCACCGACACCAUUCUCACGGCCGGGCCGGCUCACAAGCCUCGAACACGAGCGCGGCGCUGUCUAGUCGCAGAGUUCCACCGGCCGCGCUGGACUUGUCUAGUGGAUGGGCGGGAGAAUCAGGGCACGAGGGACAGGACGUGAUCACACCAAUGGCCGGGAACUUCUCGACCCCCUACAACCGGCCGAGUGCUUCCGACCACGGUCAUAGCCACAGCCACAGCCAUAGCCACGACCAUCACGACCACAAACAUGACCAUGACCACAAACAUGACCAUAGCCACGAUCAUGACCAUGGGCACAACCACUCGCACGCACACGACGACCACCACAAGAAGGACACAAAACAGUCGCUGUUCACGCGCACCGUCCUCCCACAUACUGCGAGAUGGCCUGUGGUACACGCAAUCAUGACGGAGAAGGAUUCUAGGCGUAUUUUCUAUUUCAUGAUGAUCAACUUUGCAUUCAUGACGGUGCAGGCGUUCUACGGGUACGUCACAGACUCGUUGGGCUUGCUCAGCGACAGCAUCCACAUGUUCUUUGACUGUGUUGCGCUGCUUGUCGGCCUGCUGGCCGCGGUGAUGAGCAAGUGGCCGCCGAGCCAGAAAUUCCCAUAUGGCUUUGGCAAGAUUGAGUCGUUGAGUGGGUUCGCCAAUGGUGUGUUAUUGAUGCUCUUGAGUGUUGAAAUUGCAUUUGAGGCAUUCGAACGCCUCUGGGAAGGCAGCCAGCCGCAACGGCUAGGCGAGCUGCUUGUUGUCAGCACCCUUGGACUACUCGUCAACUUGAUUGGGUUGACCUCUUUCGGACACCACCACCACGGCCACGGCCAUUCGCACGGGCACAGUCAUGGCCACGAACAUGAUCACGACCAUGCCCAUUCACACGAAAAGGGUGCUCACAGCCACGGUGGCGGCUGUGGAGGCCAUGGCAACGACAACAUGUACGGGAUCUAUCUGCAUAUCAUGGCAGAUACCCUUGGCAGUGCGUCGGUCAUAGUCUCGACCAUUCUGACGAGCUGGGUCGGGUGGGCCGGGUGGGACCCUCUCGCCUCGUGCUUCAUCGCAGGGCUCAUCUUUGUCUCUGCCAUUCCCCUUGUACAAGGCUCGGCGACGCAGCUCUUGCUCAGCGUGCCAGAGUCAAGCGAAUACAAUCUGCGCAACACGCUCGGCGGCAUCCUGCAGCAAAGAGGUGUGGUCAGCUACUCCGUUCCGAGAUUUUGGGAAGACGACCGCAGCGGAGGUGACGCGGGAGACAAGCUCGUGGGUGUUGUGCACGUGGUAGCCUCCAGGAACGCGUCGGUCGACGACGUACGGGACCGUGUGGACGAGUUCCUGAGCAAAGAGGGCGUGAAAGCCGUGAUCCAAGUCGAGAAAGAGGGAGACAACUCGUGCUGGUGUAGCCGACGAGCGAUGAACGCGCCACCGACACCCAAGCCCUUCUGA